UGCGGUUCAGCUGUAGCUAGAACUAUUCAGACUUUACUAAAACUUCAUUGAUACGACUCUAUGCUUCCUAAAAUUCACCCCCAAACUCUUUAGAAGGGCUUCUAUAUAUUGUGAAUGUUUUGUGUAGUACAUCUAAUUUUGCUUUGAAUUCUGAGAAGAUUAAUGACACUGCUCAGCUGAAUAUAUAUAUAUAUAUAUAUAUAUAUAUGGUGAACUGAAGAGAAGAAGACAACAGAGAUGGAAUCCAAGGGCUUGGUGUUGUUGAUUACAGGGGGAAUAUGGUGGUGGUGGUUGAUGAGAGUAGCAAUUUCAGACCCACAAACAAACCUACUAAACGAGGGAUGCAGCACAUACAACGCCUCCAGCGUUUCAAACUUCUACAGCAAUCUCAACGCCACCUUGUCGGACCUCAAAACACAGUUGAACGACAACAAACACUUUGCGACUGCGGAGAGAACCAGAACUGGAGACUCUGUGUACGCCAUGGUGCAGUGCAGAAACUACAUGUCCACUAAGGACUGUGUGGCUUGCUUCACUGCCGCUCAGUCACUCAUCCGCAACUGCUCUGCUGCCAAUGGCGCUCGCGUCAUCUAUGAUGGCUGCUUCCUCAGAUAUGAGAGCAGCAGCUUCUAUGACCAAGCCACUCUCCCCGGAAAUGCUGCAAUUUGUGGGAACCAGACUGCAUCACAGGUGACUGCUUUUCAAGCAGCAGUAGAGGGACUAUUAGCAGAUCUUGAAGUUGCAACACCCAGAAUUGAUGAUUUCUAUGUGGCAUAUAAAAAGGAAGUGGUUGGAGGUGGUGGUGCAACAGUGUAUGGGAUGGCCCAAUGUGCUGAAACAGUGAGUCCGAGCGCUUGCCGAGAGUGCUUGAAAGUGGCAAAUGGCAACAUAAACAGUUGUCUUCCCAGUACAUAUGGUAGGGCUGUUGAUGCAGGAUGUUUUCUGAGAUAUUCAAACACGCCUUUCUUUGCCGAUAACCAGACCACUAAUAUCACACCCUUCCUAGAAAAGGGAGGGUCAAGCAAGAAGAAAGCUAUUAUUGGAGGAGUGGCCGGAGGUGUAGGCCUUCUUCUUCUUAUCAGUGUUCUGUUUUUAUGGUAUCAGCAAUCAAGAAAGGCAAAGGCAGCUCCUAGAGGUGAUAUAUUAGGGGCAACUGAGUUGCGAGGCCCAGUUAAUUACAGUUAUAGAGACUUGAAAGCUGCAACAAAAAAUUUUAGUGCAGAAAAUAAGCUUGGAGAGGGAGGUUUUGGUGAUGUCUACAAGGGCACUUUGAAAAAUGGGAAAAUGGUUGCAGUUAAGAGACUAUUUAUAGGUCAACCCAACAGGGUAAAAGCAGAUUUCGAGAGCGAAGUCAAGCUUAUAAGCAAUAUUCAUCAUCGCAAUCUCAUUCGUCUUCUUGGAUGCUGCGGCAAAAGAUCAGAACUACUUCUUGUCUAUGAGUACAUGGCCAAUAGCAGUCUUGACAAAUUCCUAUUUGGUGAAAGGCGAGGAGCUCUCAACUGGAAACAACGACUUGAUAUAAUUGCUGGUACAGCUAGGGGUCUUGCCUAUCUACAUGAGGAAUUCCAUGUGUGUAUCAUACAUCGUGACAUAAAAUCCAGCAAUAUUCUUCUGGACAAUGAUUUCCAACCCAAAAUUGCAGAUUUUGGGCUGGCAAGGCUUCUCCCCGAGGACAAGAGUCAUCUCAGCACCAAAUUCGCUGGAACAUUGGGUUACACUUCACCUGAAUAUGCAAUCCAUGGGCAGUUAUCUGAGAAGGUUGAUACCUACAGCUAUGGUAUUGUCGUCCUUGAAAUCAUAAGUGGCCGCAAGUGCAAUGAAAUGAAGGCUGAACCUGUCGGUGAAUACUUGCUUGAACGGGCAUGGAAACUUUACGAGGAUGACAAGCAUUUGGAGUUGGUGGAUGAGAGCUUAGACCCUGAGGAAUAUAAAGCAGAAGAAGUGAAGAAAAUCAUAGAGAUCGCUUUGAUGUGCGCUCAGUCAUCAGUUUCUAUGAGACCCACAAUGUCUGAAGUAGUUGUUUUGCUACGCAGCAAAGGCUCACUUGAGCAUGGACCCCCAACUCGGCCUACUUUCGUAGAAUCCAGCAAGAGAAAUCCUGGAGACACUUCCAUAUCUACGGGGUCCUCUGCUUCCAAUGCCACUGCCUCUAUUUCUCAUUUCUCGGGUCGAUAAAUCACCAAGUGUGAGGUUGGUCAUCAUUCUUGCAAGUGAUCCGCAUACAAAUGGAGCCAUUAGAAUUGGUCAAAACAAUGCACCACAUCGCAUUAAGAUCCUAAUGCAGUAUUCUUGUAAUGGUGUUUACCAAACUGUUUUCUUGUAUUUAUUCUAGUAUGGGAAGUGACCUUGUGUGAGAUUUGCCAUA